UAACGGAUACUGUUAACGCGUCAGCUAACUUCAGCUAAUGUUAACAUCUUCCUUCGCUUGUUUCACUUUUUGUGAGAAUGGGGUUGUUUAAAACAAACGAAAGCAGCAGUCUGCGUUGGUACUGAGCGAUAGGCCAAUUUAAAUCUCAACUUAAAGUUACCAUGAAGUUGUUGUAGGCUGGGUCUGUCUAGAUUUACCUGCAUGCCUGUCAGGUGUGAAAACGCUUCUGGUUUGUAACAUACUCCCCAUUGGACGCAGCUGUACAGACUCCACCCUGCACAGGUAACUGGGCCUGUGAAUUGGGAGAGGGAGUAACACCAGGAUGGGAAUGCUACAGUAGCAAGGCCGUGCCACAACUGAAGCCACACUUUCACCCCUCUGCUGCAUUUGGGACUGCUGUUCACAUUUUCGUAGAAGCUCGACAGCAUCUUGGUUUGACGUUGGAUAUGCCCCGUGUUGCUGCUUGAGCAGAACUAUGGUGACUGAUUGACACGUGCAUGAUCAAUGGACAAGAGGAAGUUCCCUGGCACAAUGUUCAGGCAAGCGGACACAUCAUCCAAAAGGCGCCAAUGUGGUGGGAGUGGGCUGAACCCGCCUCCUCCGUCCUCCUCUUCGAACCAGCAGGGUCGUAUCCGAGCCGUAGAAGUGGCGAGAGGGAGAACGGGGUAUGGAUUUACGCUGUCAGGUCAAAGUCCAUGUGUCCUCAGCUGCAUCCUGAAAGGGAGCCCUGCAGACUAUGUGGGCUUGCGCUCAGGAGACUACAUCCUGUCUGUUAAUGACAUCAACGUCUCGAAGGCGUCCCAUGAGGAUGUGGUCAAACUGAUCGGACGCUGCUCUGGCGUCUUGAAGCUGGUCAUCGCUGAGGGAGAGCGUCCCCGGCGGCACCAUCACCACCAGCGUACAGCUGGAAGUCGUCACCACAGCAGCAGCGCAAUGGCAGCAUCUUACCUGGACUCCUGCUCUAGUGACGAUGAGUUGGAUGGUUUCUAUGACAACAGUGUUAACAACAACAAUAACAGCAGGUCAGGAGGUGGAGCCCGUGGGGGCUGGUACAAACCCAAACUGGAUUCCAAGCAGCUUGGCAUCAACAGGGCGGAGAAAGUUGUGGCAGAGCUGCAGUCCGGAGGGAUCUUUAACAUGAUCUUUGAGAACUCCAGCCACUCCUCCAGCAGCUCAGACAAGGACAGGCCUGGGGUCAGCUCAUCAUCUAAGCCACGUCCGCUGUCUGAUCCGGAGUUCCCGCCGUAUCGGAACGCCUCCCGUUCUCAGAGCAACCCCAACCUGCUCUCUGAGGAGGAGAUGGCCCAAGUUCUGAAUGAUGACUCAGUCUUCCUAGAAUCAGACUUUCGUCAUCUCCACCUUCACCACCAUGAAGAGCAAGACUUGGAUGUGGGAGAUGGGGGCGACUUGGUCCUAGAGCCUAGUGAGGGCAUCCUCAAUGUGGGCAUGAUUGUUGGCUAUCUGGGCUCCAUUGAGCUGGCCUCCAUAGGGACGAGCAUAGAGAAUGACAGCCUUCAAGCCAUCAGAUGCAGCAUGAGGCGCCUGCGGGCUGAGCAAAAGAUCCAUUCACUGGUCCUGAUGAAGGUCAUGCAUGACAGUGUGCGGCUGUGCAGUGACAGAGGUCAGGUCCUGGCAACCUAUCCUGCAGAAAAACUAGCCUUCAGUGCCUGUUGUCCUGACGACCGCCGAUUCUUUGGUCUAGUCACAAUGCAGGCGACUGACGACCUUGACGACUGUCACUUCAGCAACGGACAAGAUGAAGAGGGCGGUUUAAGGACUUCCUGUCACGUGUUCAUUGUGGACCCAGAACUGUGUCACCACCAGGUACAUUUAGGCGUAGCUCGGAGGUUUGGCUUUGAGUGCACCCCGGACCCAGACACAGGAGGCUGCAUGGAAUUCCCGCCCAGUUCUCAGCCUCUCCUCCAGUUUGUCUCAGUCCUCUACCGGGACAUGGGGGACAACAUUGAAGGGGUCAGGGCCCGGGCCUUCCACGAUCCAGACAAUGAUGCCCAGCAGAACCACAGCACCAGCAGUAACAGUGACAGUGGGAUCGGCAACUUUCUACCAGAAGAGAAAAGCAACAGGGUGCUUCUAGUCGACCUUGGGGGUCCUCCUAACCACAACCACACCUCUGGGCCACGUCACUGGGACAGCCCACCUUCAUCCCAGCAGGCCUGGAGCCCCAUCCUAGGAGCCGCGGCCUCCCACCCACCUCCUCCUCCUCCGCCAGCUCUGAGGAAUGGCCACUACCGUCACGAUCCACACCUGGCUGACCUCCCUCACCCUCUCCCCUUGGCUCACCCUGAUGUCCCUGGCAGGCACUCUCGAGGGGUCCACCCACACCACUACUCACCAGGGAAGCGGGGAGGAGCUGUGGGGGGAGGAGAAAAGCGAGGGGGUGGAGGAGUAGCAGUAGGGGUGGAGCAGCAGCAGCGGUGGCUGCCAGUCCAUGUGCUGAGAGACUGGCGUCAGCAGCACCACCACAGCCACCUCCAGGGUCUGAGCAGCGACCAGGAGUCAUACGCUGAAUCCACUGACGGAUGGUCAUCAGCUAACUGCAGCACCCUGCCCCCACCCAUGAAUAAGAUCCCUGCUGAUCGCUACCGGGCCCCGCUGGCCCCCGGAGACCACCUGCCACCACCUGGAGGGAGCCAGCCUCCUCCUCCUUCACAUCCCCACUCACACACCCACCGGCUGGCUGUUCAGAAAGAUGAGUGGGCCAAGAAGCUGUUUGGGGAAAGGGAUAGAGCUGGAGCAGAAAGGAGUGAAAGAGAGAAGAAACGAGGGAAUGCGAAGGAGGGAGAGAAAAAGGGGGGUCGGUUUCGUGGUCUGACCAUGGGCUUCCCUCCUCUCCCCCAGCGCUCGUCAGCCAGACGCUCCUUUGGACGCUCCAAACGUCUCAGCCUGGCCCGCUCUUUGGAUGACCUUGAGUCCGCUGCAGUCUCCGAUGGAGAACUCAACAGCGUGGAGCUGCAGGGCUGCAGCAGCGACAACAGUCUCAACAGUAAUGCCAGCCUGCCCAGUGUUCAGAGCCACCGGCGCCACACAGAGAGGAGAGUGGCCAGCUGGGCUGUAGGCUUCGAGAGACUGCUGCAGGACCCCGUGGGAGUCCGCUACUUCUCGGAGUUCCUCAAGAAAGAGUUCAGUGAGGAGAAUAUCCGGUUCUGGCAGGCCUGUGAUGUCUUUAGUCAGGUCCCUGAAAAUGACAAGAAACAGCUCUCUCAGCAAGCCAGGGAGAUCUACAACAGCUUCCUGUCCAGUAAAGCCACAACACCGGUCAACAUAGACAGUCAGGCUCAGCUCGCCGACGACAUACUCAACGCCCCUCGGCCUGACAUGUUCAAGGAGCAGCAGCUGCAGAUCUUCAACCUGAUGAAGUUCGACAGCUACACACGGUUCCUCAAGUCCCUGCUCUACCAGGAGUGUAUGCUGGCAGAGGUGGAGGGGAGGCCCCUGCCUGACCCCUACCAUAUCCCCAGCAGUCCCACCUCCAAACACAGCACCACUGGCUCUGACCGCUCCAACUUCUCCACACCCAAGAAGGAGGACAAAAAGAGCAAGUCUGGCAGAUCUUUAAAUGAGGACAGUCGUGAUGAUUCGGGAGACCGGAAGAAAGGCAUGUUUUUCUCCUGGUCGCGCAACAGGAGCUUUGGCAAGGGCCCGAAGAAACGAGAGCUGACCGACUUCAACUACAAUUUCUCAGGCAGCAAUGGUCGCCGUGAGUCGCAGGGUUCUCUGUCUUCAGGAGCCAGUCUGGAGCUUGGGACUUCAGGGAGGAAUGAGGGUGAUGUUUCCCGUGGAGCAGUAUCAGUGUCAGCAGAGCGCGGAGGGAGCAGCGCCCCCUUGAGGCAGUGUAACAUAAGCCUCCCGGAUGGCUCAUGUUGCUCUGUGCCACUGAGAGCUGGUGUGUCCAUUAGGGACCUGCUGCUGGGGCUCUGCGAGAAGCUCUGCAUCAACCUGGCAGCUAUAGACCUCUUCCUGGUCGGAGGGGAGAAGCCACUUGUUUUGGACCAGGACUGUAUGACAUUGUCUUCUCGGGAUCUUCGACUAGAAAAACGCACUCUGUUCAGACUUGACUUGGUUCCUAUUAACCGUUCGGUGGGCCUUAAAGCAAAGCCCACCAAGCCAGUGACUGAAGUCCUCAGACCUGUGGUGGCCAAAUACGGCCUGCACCUCUCUGAGUUGGUGGCACGCAUAAGCGGGGAGGUGGAGCCAUUAGAUCUAGGUCUUCCUAUAUCCAACCUGGAUGGGCUGCGAGUGGUAUUAGAUAUAGCAGAAAACACUCCUGGAAAAGCAGACAAACAGAAGGUAGUAGUCCCAUCGACAAGCAGAAACCAAUCAACAACAGGGGAGGACAGGCCGUCAGGGAAAGCUGGUUCAGCCCACCCCCAUGGGGAAAACAGCAAGGCUGGGCCCAGCCCUGACACAAGCAGCCAGCCCUUACCCAACCACUCUGUCUCUCUCCAUAAGGCUCCGGAGAAAAGAAAGCAGAAAAAGAUUAAUAUAGACGAAGCUGAAGAGUUCUUCGACCUCAUAUCCAAAGCUCAGAGCAACCGAGCAGACGACCAGCGAGGCCUGCUAAACAAAAGCGACCUGCAGCUCCCAGACUUUCUGCGCCUGUCGCCAGUGGAAACCAACCAGGCUGUGCCUCCUUCCUACGACCCCGAGCCCAGCUGCUCCACCCCAAAUUCCCGUAACCCCAACAACGGCAGCUUCCCUAGCAGCGGUCGCCGGGGCAAUAAGGCGAACAUCAGUGACAGGGGAGGGGGAGGAGGCAGCGCCCACUUGCUCAAUGCGAGCCAUCAGUCCCAGAGCUUGGACUCUGCACUGGGCACUGAGAGUGGAGGGGGGAGGAAAACCAGACCGCCUCCUCCGUUUCCUGGCACCAUCUCCCCCAUCCAUCUGUCCCAGGGUGGCCAGCGUUGUCCCCUCCAGGACUCUGUCAGGGGAGAAUCAGUCCAGAUGCUGGAGGAGGACACCCUGUCUGAUCUAACUCUUGUGGGUGAGGGGGACAUUAACAGCCCCAGCCUCAACUACGUCACUCCCUCAGCCCUGCAGUGCAAACGCCAGCCCCGACCCCAACAACAAGCACAGGACGGUCGGCCUAGCUCAGGUACCUUCCCUGUGUGAACUCUUGAACUUUUGAACUGUCCCCUCUUCUUUCACCUGACUGCAAGCGGGACCUGGAGGCCUAAUAAAGUCCUUGUUGGUCGGUCUUGGGUCUGUGGCCCAGAAUGCAUCCAGAUCUCCUCCCUCAAUUCCAUAAAACCACUUUCUGCCUUCCAAUUAGAAUUACAGGAGUAAAACACAGUGAAAACAUUUUAAAAAAAAAACUGAGCCAAGAUGCAUCAUGUGCAGUAGAUGUGUUAUUUUAGUCAAACAAAGGAUAUAGUAGCUGAUAUAGUGAUGUACAGUAUGCACUCCCCUGGGGCCAGCAUCUACUGCAAGUCAUUAAUGUAAAAUAAUAAAGUAGGUCAGACGCACGAAGAGAGGAGAAAUGGAUGCAUCAGGCUCAGACAGAAACUGUCCUUGGAGUUUCCCUGCGUGGUGUGUAUCUGUGUGAAACUUUGAGCCGACUUGCUGUGGAUUUCUUUCUGGAACUAGAGGACGAGCGCAGGAUGAUUUGGUGAUGACCAGUGCCAAACUCCCUCCUCCACCCACCCUACCUGCACCCACCAUACCUGCACCCACCCUACCUGCACCCCCUCCCAGUGUACAGAAUCUAACAAUGCACUUUAGCCAAUUACAAACAAGACUUUACACAUCUUUAAAAAUCUCUCUUCUCCCCCUUUUUAUUUUGUACUUCAACCUUCUAGUGUUCAUUUUCAUGCUUUUAGGCAGUUGCCAUAUGUUCUCAAAACAGUUAGCUAACAAUCACUAGCUGUUCCAAACCCACAGUGCUCUUGAAGCUACAUUUCUGCACUUCUAACUGGACCGUGUAUUAUUUUCAGCUUUAUUACAUGCUUUCGUGCGCACCGCUUGCUGACAGGUUACCCCGACCCCAUAAAUACCAACACAUGCGACAAUGCCAUGAACACAGGCAUUCGCUCUGCUGUUCCUCAUCGACUCAGAGCACAGAGCAUUCUGUGCUCCCACCGCUGUCCUUUCACCUCAGGCAUUUCUCGUGUCACUCAUGAAGACAAGGCUAUAUAGAGCGCGCCACACAUGUAACCACGUUCUCCGACCAAAUGAUUCAGAGACCUGUGCACUGACUGUACAUGAGCGGUUUUUCAUUUCAUUCGUUGCACUACAUCGAACAGCAGCAUCUGUUUUUCUUUUUUUAAUCUCUUCCCACCGUCCCGGCAAUUAAACAGCGUCUUCAGCCGUCUGUCCCUGCAGUGUUUUAGCUGGAAAAAAUUGGUUCUAUCAAGUCAACCUCACUAUUUAAAGGUUUUACUUUUACUUCAUCCCGUGCUAUUAAUUUAUCCCACCUCCUUUUCAUUUUUACAAUCUAUCAGUUAAAAGUAUUAAUUUGUAUAUAGUCAACCUCGUGAGAUCACCGUAUUUCUGUAGUCAUUGUCGAAAUGCAACACAGCCAUGCUGUUUCUUCAGUUGUAUCACAAUAGAAAUCAAUUCUUCUCUGUUUUGUUCAGUUGACUGUACUGUCUGUAAAUAGAUCAAAUAAAUGUUUUAAAGGUUGAACUCUCUCUGCAGA